AUGAGAGCUCAUCCACUUCGUGUCAUCUCCGUGUUCUUUUUCCUCUUCAUCUUAUAUCAGAUCACUUCUUCUAAGUCAUUACUUUACUCUCCAGAAAUUUUUACAGUCUCAAGCAACCAAACCCUUGUGUCUCCUGGAAAUGUCUUCGAGUUAGGUCUCUUCAAACCCAACAUAUCCGUUAGUUGUUGGUAUCUUGGGCUAUGGUACAAGGAAGACCCAAAGAGAACCAUUUUAUGGGUAGCCAACAGAAUGAAACCUCUCACCAAACCUGUAGGAACCCUCAAAUUCUUCGACACAAAUCUUGCCAUGUUCGAACAAGAAACUGAGAUCCCUGUGUGGUUGACCAAUCUGACCGGAGAAGGUGUGAGGUCUAGGAUGGUGGCUGAACUUGUCGAUAAUGGUAACUUCGUGAUUAGGGACUCGGAAGGUUACUUAUGGCAGAGCUUCGAUUUUCCAACAGAUACUUUACUGCCUCAGAUGAAAAUCAAAGUACUUGAUUCCUUUCCUAGUAAAGAAGAUCAGCACAAACUCCUCUAUCCCUGGUUUAGUCCAAGCGACCCCUCACUCGCGGAUGAAUCCUUUGAAAUUCAUAAUGAAUCAAACAUAAUUGCAAUAUAUAAUGGAGGGUACGAAAGAGAUACAUGGAACGGGUACCAAUUUGGGGACAUGCCCCCAGUGUUGGAGCUUAAGGAAGGUUGGUUAGUAAUGAAGACCCUCAAAAACAGCAGCUACUCCAGGUUGACAAUACGGCAAAGCGAUCUUUAUGAGUUAUACUCGUGGAACUCGAAAGCCAAGGAAUGGAUCCUGACAUGGUCCUCUACCCCUUGCUAUGAGAGACUCCUCGAAAAUCAAUGUGGAUCUUAUAGUUACUGUUCCAAGAAGGAUAUGUCCCCAGCGACGUGUAACUGCAUUAGAGGGUUCCAUUUGAAGUUGGAACGUCUGAAUUUGGAUGAAUGCAAGGCGUCGUGCCUUGUGGGUUGUGACUGUACCGCUUAUGCGGUUGUGGAAUAUCGGAAAGGAGAGCGUUUGUGUAUGACUUGGAAAGACGAGCUCCAACAAUCAGCCCAAAGGGAGAUCAUCAUGAACGAACUAGUCGGGCCUGUAGACAGAUUCCAAUUUAUGGAAUUUCGAGCUGUUGCCGAAGCCACCAACCAGUUCGCUGAGAGUAACAAACUCGGACAAGGAGGUUUCGGAACAGUUUACAAGGGAACACUACCCGAUGGUAGUGAAGUCGCCGUCAAACGACUGGCGAACACGUCUUCACAAGGAAUGACGGAAUUCAGAAACGAGAUUCAGACGAUCCUGAAUGUAUUACAUCUGAACUUAGUGCGGCUGCUAGGUUGUUGUUGCGAACGAGAAGAGAUCAUUUUGAUCUACGAGUUCUUAGAAAACUCUAGCUUAAAUCAAUAUAUUUUUGAUAAAACUCGGAGUAAAUUAUUGAAUUGGGAUACGAGAUACAAAAUUAUUAAAGGGAUUGCGGAGGGUCUGUUGUAUCUUCACAGUUACACAAACCCUCCGAUAAUACAUCGUGAUCUGAAACCUAGUAACAUCUUACUAGGUAAAGAUAUGAUCCCAAAAAUCUCGGAUUUUGGGAUGGCGAAAAUACUUACAGGUGACCAGAGAGAAGUUGCAACGGAAAAAGCUGUCGGUACUCGGGGAUAUAUGGCCGAAGAAUAUGCCAUGCAUAUGACAGUAUCGCAAAAGUCCGACAUAUUCAGCUUUGGGGUCACUGUCCUCGAGAUUGUUACCGGAGAAAGAAACUUGGAGUAUUGCAACUCGUUUAGAGGAGAUAGUCUACUGGAUAAGGCAUGGAGAUAUUGGAACGACGGGAACUGUAUCAAUCUCAUAGAUUCUAACUACCUUGAUUCAUCCCUAGUGGAAGAAGAGAUUUUGAGAUCCAUACAGGUUGGUCUCUUAUGUGUUCAACCACAUGUAGACGACAGACCGAGCACAAAGUCUCUGUCGUAUUGA